CCAAGAGCUAUUUCUGUGCAAGUGGCUUUUCAUUUCCUCCUCUUGCUAUCGGCAUCAUGAACAGCUUGGUGGCAACCCCACCCAUCCCUCCACACUUUUACGAGCAUAACCGAUUCAACACCACAUCUCGAUUCGUCUCCCCAAUGAACCCAGCUGGGAGCCGGAAACGCAAAGCAGAAGAUGACAACGGUUCAAGUGAUCAUGACACUCGCAUGUCUGCCUCGCCAACAAGCUCGCCUGCACUGCCCACUAAACCCCUAGCAGCUCGUCAGAUAAAACGGCCGAGACCAAACCUCUCGGGACGGCCUUUGUCUCUUGGACGUCUAUUCGAAACUCUGGACAGCGACGCUCUUCGAUCCGUGCUCCGGUCCCUGUGUGAUCGCCAUCCCGAACUUGGACAAGAAGUGGUCGAUACCGCUCCUCGGCCAAAUAUCACAUCUGCUCUGCAGGUCCUCAGCAACUACCAGUCGACUCUUCAGUCCUCUUUCCCUCUUGGCGGCAAUCCCUCCUCAGACUAUGCUUAUAACCGUGUCAGGCCACAUGUGAUGAAUCUGCUAGACGCCCUCAAUGACUUUACGCCUCAUUUUCUUCCUCCGAAUGAAACGCACCCUUCGACCUCUCUAAACUACCUCGAUGGUGUGACUGAAAUCAUUCACCAACUGCCAAGAUGGGAUACUCCACAUUAUAACUUGGAAAAAGAGGCUGCAUAUGAAGAAAUAGCGAAAGCUUGGGCGCUGGUAAUCCGUGAGGCCAGUAAGCGGGGUGGCGGCAUCCAGUUGCAGUAUGGGGAAUGGGAUCAAAAGCUAGCAAAGCAUAAUCAAACGUCUGGUGGGAAGCUUCAAGACGCAGUCCAUGCAUUAAGUGCUAGUCUUGGCUGGAUGGCGGGUAAUCCAAGCCAUCCAGGGCCUGGUUGUCCCCAGACCGAUACUGCUUCCAUUCGGCAACAGUUACUCUCAGGCACAUAUGGCGCUGGCCUACCCCUCAAGGUCGGCCCUUGGUGAUAUCAUUUUAAUUCAUUCUCCCAGCUCUCGAAUAUUAGACGCUCAUGGCAAUAACCAUACCUGCUCGUACCACAACAGUCCACAUUGUGUUGAAUUGAUACCAUCUUACCCGAUCCUCUUGAGACGAUUACGAUACCAGCUCGAUAGCCAAUAGAUGCGGGGCUUUGUGACCGGAGUUCAGCUUGCUCUUCCUCUCAUUACAUUACUUUUCAUUAUUGGAGUUCAAGAUAUUCUGGCGUUGGUGUCCCAAUUUCACUUUCCUUCGAUCUUUGGUACUUGUUUUUUUAACCUCUGUUGCUCUCAUCAGCUGUGUGUGUUAUUUUUUUUUUUUUCCCUUGACUGUUUGUAUUUUUCCCUUUAUUAGAUGGUGAUAACAGUGCCAAUCCUGUAUUGCACAAAUCUGUGUUGAUGCGGCGUGACCCGGGCCUCUGUAUCGCCUUGUCCGAAAUUACACACCUGCUACCUACAUAUACACAUCCCUUACUUUCAUAUGUCACAUUUUUUAUUUUUUUUAAUUUUUUUUUCUCCGUCUUCGUCAGCCAGUUAUUUGUGAAAUUUGAGUGACGAGGAAUUCCAUGGGUGGAGGAAGAAAGCAAACAGCAUGUAUUCCCUAGAAAAAGAGGGAUUGAUUUGAAGAUCUGCUUUAUCAGGAAUUCUUUCAUGUGCGGGGUUAGAAGAAGUAAGAGUACAAAGUAUGUAAUCCUGACAUCUGGGUCUGGAAUCUCCAUUUAAGAUUGGAUA